CAGUAGCUCAUUUCUGCUUUCAGGAUUGUUGGAGUCUCCUGUGCUACAGUAUGGAGCCAAAUAGUCCAAAGAAGAUUCAGUUUGCAAUGCCAUUAUUUCAAAGUCAUUUAGACCCUGAGGCGGCUGAACAGAUCAGAAGGCGAAGACCUACUCCAGCUUCACUGGUUAUUCUUAAUGAGUCAUCACCAGAAGUUGAUGAAAAGAGGGAGAAUAAUCCACAAGGUGAGAAUGCUGAGAUGUCACCUCAACAGAGAAAGAAGAGUGUAUACACACCUCCAACUAUGAAAGGGGUGAAACAUCUACGGACUCAUAAUGAGACACCAUUCCUUGAGGAAGAAGAGGCAGCAAAUGAAAGAGAAGAAGACUGGUCACAAAAGCCAAACUUGUGAGCAGCUGAAAGGGAGGUUUAGUGGAUCUGAACUGAGAAACCUUUCAAUAUGAGAUCAUCCUGCUUCAAAUCUAAUGGGUAUUUCCAGGCCUUCAGCUCAUUACCUGCAAGGUGCUGAGUGCUUACAAAUCUACUAGUAGGAAUCCAUAUUAGGCUUCGGUCCAGGAAGUAAUUUUUUCAAGUCUCAUAGGAUUUGAGGGAUACACGUGAUAUGAUUGUGUAGAACCAAAGACCAAAUCCUUGUCUCACAAGUAAAUUCACUUUGU